AUGCCCCUAAAGAAAGCUCCAGCCAACGGCGAAGCCACUGAUGGAGCCUUCAAGUGGGACGGUCCAAACGACCUCAAACUCCUCCUCCUAACCCAAGGCCGCUACGUCAAACCCGAAGAAUACGAGCAACUCUCCACUGCCUUUCCAGGCACAAAAAUCGGCAGCAUCCGCAACCACAUAUCCGUCCUGCGCGUCAAGCAGCGUGACCUGUACGAGCAGCUCGGCUGGACACUGCCCGAAGGCGCCGCCGGCCACAGUGCGCAGAAGAAGACGCCUAGGUCGGUGAGGAAACGCAGUGGGGAUGAUGCCGAGGCGAGGGAUGCUCGCGAGGCUGGGUUGGAGUCGCCGAGUAAGAAGGCAAGGGCGCGGAAGGGGAGGGGUGAUGUGAAGAAAGAGGAGGAGGUGGAAGAG